GCCGCCGAAUUACCGUAUUGUACUAGCUAGCUGGUUUAUAUGUCAUCACCUGUUACUGUUAGUUGCUCUGUUAUGGAAGGAGAAUCAGAAAACCCAACGUUGUCUCCAAAACAACAUGAGCAAUUGACUAAGUUUCGGGAGAAGGUAUCAGAUGUUCUUCAGCCGUACCACAAUGAUUAUUGGCUUCUAAGAUUCCUUAAAGCCAGAAAUUUCAACCUGAAGAAAUCAGAGAGCAUGUUUAGAAAGAAUGUUAUAUGGAGAGAGGAGAAUAAGGUCAGCCAAGUAUGUGAUGAAUAUAUAGAACCAGAGGUUUUACAAAAAUAUAAAUCUGGGGGUAAGCUUGGUUAUGCUAAAGAUGGACGUCCAGUUUUUCUUGAUGCCACAGGGAAUGUAGACUUCAAAGGAUUACUUCAUUCUGUCACAGUAUCUGAUGCAACAAAGCUCUACAUUAAAACCUUGGAAUCACUACAGAGAGAUGUGAUCUCACAAACAGAAAAGCUAAAGAGACAAAUAGAUGGCAUCUACUAUAUAGUAGAUCUAGAGAACCUUGGUCGUCAUCAUCUAUGGAAACCUGGUGUACAAUUCUUUACUGAUGUGACCCAGCUCUGUGAACAGCAGUAUCCUGAGCUUCUCCAUAAGGUGGUUGUUGUGAGGGCCCCAAGAAUAUUUCCUCUUGCCUAUUCUAUUGUUAAACCAUUCCUGAGUGAACAGACAAGGAAGAAGAUUGUAGUCUACAAAUAUGAUUUUGAGAAAGCAUUACUGGAUAUCAUUGAUGGUGAUAUUCUUCCUAAGUACUGGGGUGGAAACAUGGUCGAGGAUGGAGACCCAAUGUGUCCCAAAACGGUUUGUUUAGCAGGCAAAGUACCUAAGGAGUGGUAUAUGACGGGUCGCGAUCUCAAUGUCGAAGCCUCCCAGAUGACGACUAAGGAGAUUGCCAGAGGAGGGACACUUCAACUCACCUACAAUACAUCACAGUGCAAUAGUGUUCUCAGGUAUGAGUUUAGAACACAAGAACACGAUCUUGGGUUUGGAGUAAAGAGACUACAUGAUGAUGAUACCAAGAUACCUAUAGUUAAAACAGAACGUCACAACUGCCAUCUUGUGCCAGAAACUGGCCAGCUCAUUCUAGAAGACCCAGGCACUUAUAUUGUGAAGUUUGAUAAUAGUUUCAGCUGGGCUCGGAGCAAGAAACUCUUUUACUGGAUAGAACUUUUAGAGCCUGAUAUACAGAAUGAUGACCAACACGAUGAUGACGGCAAUGAUGACCAGGAAGAUGAUUUUGUGCAAGCAAUAGAUGGCUGAAAACUGCAAUGAUCACUAGUAUUUUCAUAGUGACUUUUCAGGGGGUAUUUUAUGUGCUGAAAUCUUACAAUGGUAUUAUUUAUUUGUGGAUUUUGCAACUGAACAACUGCAGAAUUGUUCAUUUUCUCCUUUACUCAUGUAUUAUUUAUGCUAUUAGUAUAAGACAUUCAUUAUUUGUGUAAAUGAUUCAUUAUGUGUGUGAGUGAUUAGGUAUAUGUAUGUACAUAUAUAAUUUUGAUUGUUUGGGAUCAUAUUUAGAGAAAGCCAAGUGAAUACUAUGAUUGUGUGUGAAGUAUUAAGUACAAGUUCAAUAAGAUUCAUACCUCGUCCUAUAUGCACUGUGCUAUCUAUGAGGAGAUCUUUAUUUUCUUAUGAUAUGACCAACAUAAUUCAGAGUGUUUAACACUCAUAUACAAAAGCUUAUCAUUUGUAUAGAUGAAAAAAAAUGAAGAAAGUUAAAUGAAUUAUAUUUAAUGGUCUAACUUGAUCAGUAAAUUGAUGAGAAUAAUAUUUUUGAUAGGUCUUAAUACAAAUGAAUUUCACAUAUGAUAAUAUGCAUGAAAAAGGCUAUGUAAUAGCAUACCAAUGGCAAAUGAAACACAAGGUGAUAAUGUUUUGUUGUUUGAGUUAAUUGAAAUGUGUAUUGAUUCUAGUUGCUUUACCAAGUGAUUUUAACUUGUGCCAUGAACACUAAUACUACAUUUAUCAGUACAGCAAAAAGGACUUGUCGAAAGAGGUUAGUCAAUGUAAAGCUGGUUUAUAUUCAACCAUAUUCAUGCAUAGUGUAAUAUUUUUAAAUCAAAUCUGCAGUGCAGUAGAUUCUAAGAGAACUCAUGAAAAUUAGCAUUUCUUCAAUAGACAUCAAUGAAAUUUGACAAUCAAAUGCAUAUAUAUUUACAUGUAAGUCAAAAUUGAUCGAACUUCUUGAUAUUUAUAUAUAUUGUGAAAUUUACGCUAAUAUUUCAUUAGUGCCAAAACCAAUGGUCUUGCAUUCCCGAAUGCUGCUAAACAUGUGGUUGAUUUUACAACCUACAUGAACCUACGUGUACCUAAAGAAUACAGACUUACAGCUGUGUGAUGUAAUGUGCAAAUAUCAACCUUCUCACUUUCUAUGUAUUCCAAAGAGCUAGUGGAACCUGGGCUGCAGCCAGUCAAUUUUUUCUCUGAUAUUCUACCAGUCUGUCGCAGUUGACCAAGUUCACACUGCCACUUCUGUAUUAAUUUACUUUAAUAUUUAUUUAUUUUUCUGUCCAUCCUAGGUCGUGUUAUCAGAUAGAUGAUCAUGAUGUAACAUGAUUGGAAGAGCUACAUUAACAAUUGCUUUUCUUGCAUUAAGGACGCUCUAAAGUUCUGUUUGUGUGCAUCUUGAUUUGCACAUAUUUUACACUAUGUGCAUGUAUGUGACACUUAAUGAAACUAAUUAAUCAGCUAUUUGGUAUCAGCUAAUUUUUCUUGUGAUACUUUACUCUGCAGUGCUAUGAAAUAAUGCGAAUAUGAUUUUGAGGGUAAUAUAAUUGUAACUGGGAGGCUUCUGAAUUUUCAAGUGUAUACUUUUUGUUCUUUUCUUGCAAUACUUUAAUUUGAGGAUGUUUUUAUUUGAUUAUCAAGAAUGAAAUGAAUUUGAAUUGAAUGAUAUGAAAUGAAUAUUACUAUCACUAAAUAUUGCAAAAAACAAACAAACAAAAAAGAAGAACAUGAAGAACAUAUUCAUAACAAUAAUACUAAUUACCAGUAUACAUUGUUGUUAAUCGGGGGGGGGGGGGGGUGGAUGGGAAUUGUCCCCCCUUGAAUUUCAAAUAUUGUACAGCAGCCUGUGAGGGUCUUAUCCCGUUAAAUGAAAAAAAAUCACUGACUAUGGCAGUAUAUGAAUGAGAGUCUUUUCUAUGUACAAUGUAAUGUAUUUAAUGAUUAAGAGGCUUUUCUAUGUACAAUGUAAUGUAUGUAAAAAUCUGUAUGGUCUUUCACACAUGUCAAACUUAGUAAUGAAAAUAUCAGGUUGAGAGAGAGAGAGAGAAAGAAAGAGAGGGGAGAGAGAUCGUAUGUUUAGCCAUGUCUUACUACCCGAGUGCAAUACCGUUUAUUUCUUCCUUUGGUGUAAAAAGUAAAACCAAAGCUCAGCCUUAAAUAAUAACUUCAAAAGUUUGGCAAAAUAUGUCAACUUUAAACUGAUAUCUUAAUAGAGCUUGUGCUUUAUGUUGUGCUAGUGAAUAUUUUAACCUUAUAGAGGAGACGGAGGGACUUAUAACAUAAACAUUCAUGCACAAAUUUGACUGCUCAAAUUAAACAAAUAUGUUUAUAGCUAAACUUAUAAGACAACAUGACUAUUUCUUUUUUCUGAUGAAUCAAUGACUAGUUAAUAGUUUUUAAUAUUUUUCUUCUUAUAAUAUAUAUACAUAUAUGCAAAAUUUUAUCCAGGGUGUGGCCCAUAUAUAUAUGUAUAUAUGCCCCACCCCCUGCGAUAAACAUUUACAAAAAUGGUUAGGAGGAAAAAUGUUAAUGUAUUUUUGUUUUGUAAAGGAUGUUAUCACAACCUUUCAAGACGAUAUUGUAUUUCAAUUGAGAAUAUUAUAGUGAUUCACCAUAUAGUGACUACCCGGUGCUGGUUUCUCCACUCAUCAUAUUUCAUUUAUUCUCAAUAUCAUUAUGGACCUGAAUGAUUAUGAUAUUUAUGUGUUUUGUUGUUAUGGAAUUUUAAAUCUGAUUAUGAUUUCAUUUUAUACAUGGUCCAUGAAACUUGUUUAAGAUUGAGUAUAACAUGUAAAAUGUAUGAGAUGUGAAGUGCCAUACUAGUAAUUAUGUAUAUAAUUGCUUUUCAAAUGUGAACUGCAAGGUUGAAUAUUAUAGAUUGUAAAUGGCAUUCAUUUGUUAGCCACUGCCAGAACUGGCAAGUUAGUUGAUGUAUUUCAAAUUUGAAAUUCAUUGGAUUAUCAGAAGCGUAGAUUUGAAAUUAUGUUAAAAUCUAAUCUGGUGCAUUUAGAAAUCAAUCCGAGUUAUGAUAAUUUCAAACAUAGUUUUUGUCAGGAAAAUUUUUACCUAUAAAUGCACACAGACCCAAUGUAUUCAUAUUGUAGUUUUUUAUUACAAUAUAAAAAAAUGCCAUUGAAUAGGUCAAUGGUUUUAUUUCCUUGAUUAUUGUAUAUCUAUCUAUGUUUUGUUUUAUAUUAGGCACAGGUACCUCUAAAGGUAUCCAGUCACAUUUCUUGCUUCAAUUAUGGUAGGUGUCUUGAAAUGUCUUCAUAUGUCAAGUUUAAAGGUGUGUUUUAAUCUAAUAUUAUUUUGUGUGCAAGAUAAGCUGUCUUUCAAAGUUCUAUGUCAUCUUGGUUUAGCAUUAGCUAUAUUUAUUAGCUAUGAAGUUAUAUUUAUACUGUAAUAAACAAUAACUUUUAAUUCACAAACAGUUUCAAA